AUGACAGACUCAAAAUACUUCACCACAACCAAGAAAGGUGAAAUAUUUGAGCUGAAAACCGAGUUGAAUUCCGACAAGAAAGAGAAGAAGCGAGAGGCUGUUAAAAAGGUCAUCGCAAGUAUGACCGUGGGGAAGGAUGUGAGGUCAGAACGGUUUUCACUUAACGCUCUCUCCGUCGUGCUUUCUGGCUGCAUGUUGACCUUUUAUUUCAGUGCACUGUUUCCCGAUGUGGUCAACUGCAUGCAAACAGAUAAUGUUGAACUGAAGAAGCUGGUGUACCUUUACCUAAUGAAUUAUGCAAAAAGUCAACCAGACCUAGCCAUAAUGGCUGUCAACACCUUUGUAAAGGUAGCGAGACUAUUAUGUGACUCCGGAAGAGAUCGACUGACCUCCCUCUCUUUGCAGGAUUGUGAAGAUCCAAAUCCACUCAUUCGAGCUCUAGCAGUACGCACCAUGGGAUGUAUCCGAGUUGAGAAGAUAACUGAGUACUUAUGUGAACCACUACGGAAAUGCAUGAAGGAUGAGGAUCCUUACGUACGAAAGACGGCCGCCGUUUGUGUCGCUAAACUUCACGAUAUGAACCCUAAGCUUGUGGAAGAGCAAGGAUUUGUUGAAUUAUUGAAUGAUCUACUCUCUGAUGCAAAUCCUAUGGUGGUUGCUAAUGCUGUUGCUGCUUUGACUGAAAUAAAUGAGCAGCGACCACUCAUUGAGGUUAAUAGUCAGAUGGUGAACAAAUUGUUGACUGCUCUGAACGAAUGUACAGAAUGGGGCCAGGUAUUUAUUCUGGAUGCGUUAGCUGGAUAUAGACCACGAGAUGAACGAGAAGCACAGAAUAUUUGUGAACGAAUAUCCCCUCGUCUCGCCCAUGCUAAUGCAGCAGUGGUUCUCUCCACUGUCAAGGUUUUGAUGAAGUUGGUUGACAUGCUGCCGCCAGAUUCUGAUUUCAUUAAUCAGUUGACAAAGAAACUAGCGCCACCAAUGGUCACAUUACUGUCUGCGGAACCGGAGAUUCAAUAUGUCGCCUUGCGCAACAUAAACCUCAUCGUUCAGAAAAAGCCGGAUAUUUUGAAGCAGGAAAUGAAGGUUUUCUUCGUCAAGUACAAUGAUCCUAUUUAUGUGAAAAUGGAAAAACUGGAUAUUAUGAUCCGACUCGCCCAACAGAACAAUAUUGCGCAAGUGCUAAGUGAACUCAAGGAAUACGCUACCGAGGUUGAUGUGGACUUUGUUCGCAAGUCGGUAAGAGCCAUCGGAAGAUGCGCCAUAAAAGUGGAAGCAAGUAGCGAGCGGUGCGUUGCCACUCUACUAGAACUGAUUCAAACCAAGGUGAAUUAUGUGGUACAAGAAGCUGUUGUCGUCAUAAAGGAUAUCUUCCGUAAAUAUCCAAAUCGCUAUGAAAGCAUCAUUUCCACUUUGUGUGAGAACUUGGACACCCUGGAUGAGCCCGAAGCACGCGCAUCAAUGAUAUGGAUCAUAGGCGAAUACGCCGAAAGAAUCGAUAAUGCAGACGAAUUGUUGGAGAGUUUCGUUGAAGGAUUCCAUGAUGAAAACACCCAGGUACAACUACAGCUGCUUACGGCAGUUGUGAAGUUAUUCCUGAAACGACCAACUGAUACUCAACAGCUGGUUCAACGUGUGUUGUCUUUGGCUACUCAGGAUAGCGAUAAUCCCGAUUUGAGAGAUCGCGGAUAUAUAUACUGGCGUUUGUUGUCGGCUGAUCCUGCUGCAGCUAAGCAGGUUGUUCUAGCUGAGAAGCCGUUGAUCUCGGAAGAAACCGAUCUACUGGAACCAUCUCUUCUUGAUCAACUUAUCGGUCACAUUGGAAGUUUGGCAUCUGUGUAUCAUAAACCACCGUCUUCGUUUGUUGAUGGUGCAAGACUACCACUGCGAGCAGGAACAGGGUCUAGCAAUGGCCAGUCAUCUAUGGACGUCGCCGGUGGAUCUAUUCCGGGUAUGGCUCGAACUACCGCUCCCACAGUUAUUCCUUCUCAAGAUACUCUUAUUGCGGAUCUGUUAUCUCUUGAUAUUUCUACACCUAUGGGUGCGCAUAUGACUACAAUGCCAACAUAUGCACCAAUGUCGACGUCUGGCGGCCUCGACGAUCUGUUGGGCUUGGGAGGCCCUUCCCUCGUCGAAACUGCCACCCCUCCAGUGGCGCCCGUCAGUUUCGAUCCCCUUGCCAGUCUAGGACUUGGGGGUCCUCCCACGGCCGCACCAGCACCUUUGGGUGGUAUUCCUGCCGCUCCCGUAGCUCCAGCAGCGGUGCCUUCAUCGUUAGGUGGUCUUGGUGAUAUUUUUGGCGGGUCUCUGGGACUGGUGGAUACAUCUUCCGGUUACCAAGCACCAAAACAGUUAUGGCUCGAUGCAGCAAGAGCAAAGGGUUUGCAACUUGAAGGAACUUUUGUUCGUCGCGGUGGAAACAUCAUUAUGGAAAUGACUCUAACCAAUAAAGCAAUGCAGCCCCUUUCCGGAUUCGCUAUUCAAUUUAACAGGAACUCGUUUGGGUUAGCUCCAGCUGAACCGCUCAGGGUUCCGUCCCCUUUGAUGCCGAACCAGAGCCUUA